GCGCACCGCGGAGCCGCUCUGCCCCGCUCGCUCCCUGCCCCGGGCGUCUCGAGAGCCUGGACGCGGGAACAGGCUUGAAGUAUGGCAUGUUGCAGAGAUGGCUUCUGCCAAGAAGGUUCCCGCGAUCGCGCUGGCCUCCGGGCUCAGCGUCGCCCUCCUGCAGUUCCUGUGCCUGGCGGCUUGUUUAAACGAAUCCCCAGGACAGAACCAAAAGGAGGAGAAAUUGUGCCCAGAAAAUUUCACCCGCAUCCUGGACAGUUUGCUCGAUGGUUAUGACAACAGGCUGCGUCCUGGAUUUGGGGGUCCCGUUACAGAAGUGAAAACUGACAUAUAUGUCACCAGCUUUGGACCCGUUUCUGAUGUUGAAAUGGAAUACACAAUGGAUGUGUUCUUCAGACAGACCUGGAUUGACAAAAGACUGAAGUACGAUGGCCCCAUUGAAAUUUUGAGACUGAACAAUAUGAUGGUAACAAAAGUGUGGACCCCUGAUACUUUCUUCAGGAAUGGAAAGAAAUCUGUCUCACAUAAUAUGACAGCUCCAAAUAAGCUUUUCAGAAUUAUGAGAAAUGGAACUAUUUUAUACACAAUGAGACUCACCAUAAGUGCAGAGUGUCCCAUGAGACUGGUGGAUUUUCCCAUGGACGGUCACGCGUGCCCUUUGAAAUUCGGGAGUUAUGCAUAUCCAAAGAGCGAGAUGAUCUAUACUUGGACAAAAGGUCCUGAGAAAUCAGUUGAGGUGCCAAAGGAGUCUUCCAGCUUAGUUCAGUAUGACUUGAUUGGCCAAACAGUAUCAAGUGAAACUAUAAAAUCGAUUACCGGUGAAUAUAUUGUUAUGACGGUUUACUUCCACCUCAGACGGAAGAUGGGUUAUUUUAUGAUUCAGACCUAUAUUCCGUGCAUUAUGACCGUGAUUCUUUCUCAAGUUUCAUUCUGGAUAAAUAAAGAAUCAGUUCCAGCUAGGACUGUAUUUGGAAUAACCACAGUCCUCACCAUGACCACGCUAAGCAUCAGUGCACGGCAUUCUUUGCCCAAAGUGUCCUAUGCUACCGCCAUGGAUUGGUUCAUAGCUGUCUGCUUUGCUUUUGUAUUUUCGGCCCUUAUCGAGUUUGCUGCUGUCAACUAUUUCACUAAUAUUCAAAUGCAAAAAGCCAAAAAGAAGACGUCAAAACCCCUUCAGGAAACUCCCGCUGCUCCAGUGCUGAGAGAAAAGCAUCCGGAAGCACCUGUGCAGAACACAAAUGCCAAUUUGAACAUGAGAAAAAGAACAAAUGCUUUGGUUCACUCGGAAUCUGAUGUUGGCAACAGAAUUGAGAUGGGAAACCAUUUGAGCAAAUCUUCCACGGUUCCAGAAUCUUCUGAAGCCACGCCUCGGUCUUACUUAGCUUCCAGCCCAAACCCUUUCAGCCGCGCGAACGCAGCUGAAACUAUCUCUGCUGCAAGAGCAUUUCCACCUGCUUCCCCUGCUUCUGGUCAGACUGGGUGCGUGUCCCGACAAGCUCCAGCUGGAUCUGCUUCUGCUCAUCGUGUGUUUGGGUCCAGACUGCAGAGGAUUAAGACCACAGUGAACACCACAGGGGCUUCUGGAAAGUCACCGGCCGCUGCUCCUCCCUCCGCUCCACCGCCUUCCGGAUCUGGUACAAGUAAAAUAGACAAAUAUGCCCGGAUUCUCUUUCCAGUCACAUUUGGGGCAUUUAACAUGGUCUAUUGGGUUGUUUAUUUAUCCAAGGACACUAUGGAGAAAUCAGAAAGCCUAAUGUAGUUUUGUUUCUAUAGUAGUUUGUUAAAAGAUGAUGGAAACGCAGACUGUCUUUUUAAAUGUUUUUAAAUAUAAAUAAUUAUUCUUUACUAAAAUAAAAACUCUAUGUAAUUUUUCCAUUUAAAAAUUACAAGCCAGUUAUUGGGAGAGUUAAUCGCUUCCUCGGUAAAGAAAAAGUGAACCCUCUUUCUUCUUAGAUGAUUUUAAAAGAAUUCAGCAUUCCAAUUAGACAGAAUACAGACCCUCUUGGAAAGUUGGGACAAGGGAAAUAGGGCUAUCUGAGAUACAUGGUGCAUAUUUUUGCAUUGAAAUUUGAAAACAGACUAUGACAUUUUUAAAAAUACCCUAUGAAUAUCAACUAGCCACCCUAAAUUUCCCAGUGGCACUGCCCUUAACCAGAAUUGUUUAUCGGAUACGGUAUGCAGUGACCUUUGGAGAUCCUCUCAGUACCUACAAAAAAACGAAUUUCUGCGGUAAACAAAACAUCAGUAAAAGGAAAAUGGAACAAAACAAACACCGAUCAAUAGAGUGAAACCUCUGCUGCGCCAAAAACAAAGACACAGACCAGAGAAAAUGUGUUCCCUUUCGUGUGUUGGCCAAACAGUACUAAACAGUUGACUUGAAAUUUUAUGCUUUGAGCCAAAGUUUAACUCAUUGUAUGGAUUCUUUUUCAUAGUAGUUCCUUUGCUUAUGUAUUCAUUCAUUACAUAGUUAUUCAGAGCCUACUGUAUCCCAGCCACCAUGCUAGACACUGUCUUUCUAGGAAAGCUCUUUCACCUUUACCUACAAUAUUACUUACAAACUAGAACAAUCAAUGCAUGCCAAAGAACCAUAAACUAGCAGAGGACAUUGCAUUCUUUAGUGCAGGACAUUUAUUGUGACAACAUAUUCAAAAUAAUUGUUUCUCCUAUAUAUUGAUAGAAGAUAACAAGUAUAUCUGUCCACAUAUCCACUUUGAGAUAAGUACAUGCUAGUACAACUUCAGCAAUCGGUUUUCAAAACAUAAAGAGAACGUGGUACAGAUUGUUCUGUAAGUGGAAAGCUCUGUGUGCCUGAAAGUAAAAAUCUGGGCACUCUGAGACUCCAUAGAUUACCUGUCUCAAGUUCGAUCAGAAUCACAUAAUAGAAUUUGAUCAGAAUCUUCAGAACUAGGAACUCAAUACAGGCCUUUUAGGUGCUUUUCCUGACAUAGAUCUAGGUAUUAGCUGGUGAAAUGCUAACCUGCUUGACGGUUUUGUGUCCAUGUUUUGUAUUUCUGGGCGGUUUUUGUGUUUGUUUUCUGAAAGUUUUGUUAAAGUUUCAUAAUCAAGGUGAGUAUUGUAAAAUUAAAGGAGCAGCAAAGGCAAGGAAUGAAGGGGAAAAAAAUCAUAGACGUGGGGUAGGAUGCCACUGACUCUGUUGUGCAGUUUAUCAGGAUUUUCAUGUACUGACUUCUUUUUCAUUAGGGAGGCUUACCGACCUAAUCGACUUUCUUGCAGCUGUCUUUACACAGCUCAAUCCAGGCCUGUUUUUUUUUUUUUUUUGUCGUGUCACUUCCAGAUUUUUCCUCUCUACUUUUCUCUACCUUCUCUUUGGGUGUGUAAAUGAAUGUGUUCUGCGUGACCAUUUUGAUAGAAAUGGACACUUUGUAGACAGGAUCUCUUAUUUUUUUAGAAAAGAAAUGAUUUGAUUAAUUGGCAUCGACUUUUCAGUUAUUGCAAUGCCUUGUAAUGGUUGUAUAUGAGACCUGUAAAAUGUACAAAUGUCAAAAUAUUAAUUGUGAGUCCUAUCUGAGAAUAGGCUAUCCUUUCUUGGCUAUCCCUCUAGGUAUUUCACAGAAUCAACACAUUUUAAGGCUGAAAAAUACUGUAGAAAUCACCCCGUCCACAUCCCUCAUUUACAAAUUGACUCCAGUAAAAUGAGGCCCAAUAAAAUCUGUAUAUAUGUAUAUAUUUAAUAAAGAGUACUUGUACAAAAAA